UGAAUCAAAGGGAAGAUCUUGAGAGAGAAAGUAGAGAGAGAGGAGGGGGAGAGAAAGAUGUCGAAGAAGAAAGUAAGUGGGAAUACCAUGACGCUCAAGGACUUCCAUGGCGGUUCGAUUCCCUCUGAUCUCCCUCUCCCUUCUGCUCCUGGGGUAGUUGUUAGGCCUACAGAUCGUUCAACUUACGACCGACCCACCGCGUGGGGAAAUCCUACGGGGCGGGCCGACCAUCGUUCUCGACCCCACACGUCUCCAGCCACGAGGCAUUUCGAUGACAAGACUCCGUUUCUCACUCACCCCGUGCACAUUGGCCGGAACUUUGAUGAGGACGAGCGCAAGCCACUCGAUGGUGGGUCGAUGCCACGCCGGACCAUCAGCGAUGAUAGCAUUCGGGUUCCCCUGACCCGUGCCGAGCCCAAGCAGGCGUUUGUAUCUGCAGGGGUGUCAUCCGGCAUGCAGGGGCGGGCUUCAGCACCGAAAUCACCGAGGGUGGCCGUGAGUUCUUACUCAGAGAGGGUUAGCGAGACAGCUCAUGUUGGAGGUAAUUCGCAGAGCUCAGGUGGCAAUGGCGGGCGUGGUGUUGGUGGGCCUUAUCCAAAUGCAUGGACAAUGAGGAAGGAGAUGGCGGGUAUAUCUGAGCCGGUGCAAUCUUCUGGGUCUGGACAAAGUGCUGUUCAAAAGUUGGCCCAUGCCAGUGCACUCGAUAAGGUGUCCUCGGGUAGAUGGCAAUCAAAGCCUUUAAUCAAUUAUCAGACAAAUAUCGAGGUUGUUAGAUCUCCCGAAACAGAGAGUGGAUUGCAUUCCAAGAGUUCUGGUAGUGAUACUUACAAGAGGCCAGAUGCGAUUGUUGAAAAGGAAUAUUAUGAUGCAGCCAUGGCAAGACACGCAGAAAGGGGUCUUCAAAUUCAUGAUGGUGUUCAGCUACCUGUUUACGAGAGUUCUAGGGCUCCGAUUAAUUCAGAUCUUAGAGAAAGGAGGCCAACUGUUUAUAACAACAGGGUUCAACCUGCUCCAUCUGAUGGAAAAUUUGGCCUGGCUGACGUGCAGGCCGCAGCGUCUUCAGAACCUGUAGAGCGACCCAAGUUGAAGUUACUUCCAAGAACAAAGCCACUGGAGGGUUUGGAAGCUCCAGUUGUUAAUGCACAGGAGUCCCAGAGGGUGACUGAGUCCGUCCAGGUGGAAACUGUCAAUGAAGCGUAUGGAUAUAUGAAUGCUCCAAAACCAGAGUCAGCAGGCUCUGAUGGUGGCAAACUGGCAGUGGACCAUCUAAAAUUGAAUUUAAAGCCCCGAUCUCAGCCUCCUGAACACUUGGAACUAAAUGCCAAAAGAGACAGAGUUGCAUUAUUUGGUGGUGCUCGCCCACGAGAACUGGUAUUGAAGGAGCGAGGGGUUGAUGAUGUGAUCAACAAUCCUGACACAGCUCAGCAUUCUGACAAGGUUGAACAUCAAGUUACCAGGCCUGAUAGAGUUACUGUGCACGCAAAUCCUUCUCGCCACAGUGAGAAAGCUGAGCAUCAUCCUUUUGAUCAGAGGACUGGAAAGAAAUUUGAUAGGAGGGAUAAUCGGGUAGAUGUUGAGAAAAUCGAUAUGCAGAAGAAGAACUGGCGUAAUGACAGUAGGAGGAACAAUAGAGAGCCUGAGAGACCGCAGCAACAGUCAGAGAGGCCGCCAUCACCAGAGACCUGGCGGAAGCCUGAACAGCCAACACCAUCUUCCCCUGAUGCUGUUGGCCUGAUGCAUGGGAAAGCGGCUUCAGCCCUUGAGCUUGCCCAAGCAUUUUCCAGAUCAGUCUCCGAUCCAAAAUUAGCUGAUCGAUUUGCCGGCCAAAGGGGCAUUCCUGGCCGCGCCCAGCCUUUUUCUCGGCUGAUGGGCCCAACUCCAAGGCCUCAGAUAAAUGGUUACUAAAUGCUCGAGUGUUUCCUGCUCCCAUUUCGACAUCACUUCGUGGUAUAGAGAUUCAGAGUUUUGCUGGCGAACUUGCUUGUUUCAAGUAGCUGGGACAACAAGCAGGCCGACCAAGCCACAUACGCUUGUGAGUCCCUGCGUUCACCAGAAUUGUUCCAGUUUCCUGAGAAUAGUUAUUGCCAUACAAAAUUGGUUGCAAUCAUCUAGCCCGAGAGGUGUCUUAUCCCUACAACUCAUCUCAUUGUGUUCUCUAUUUGUCUUUUCAUUUUCGUGGUUCCGAUGGCACCAUUGUAGAACUGUAUUUUCCUCCCCUUAAGUGGAAAAAGAGUGUUCUGUUGCCUACGAGGCCAGUUGUAGCAAGAGUUUACGAUACGGAUUCUUGGUUUAAGGAGUGUUCUUUUAAUUUCA